GGUUAGUAAAUGGUAAUAGUGAUGUUAUGAGUUCGGAUUCGGAAGUAGAUUGUGAAAUAAGGGAGGAUAAUAUUGAACUUGCCAUAGAAUUAGGUUUUGAAAAAGAUAAUAUUACCUCUGUUAGUUGUCCUUUACCUGAUGAACUAUCUAAUGGUAUACAAUUUGAUUCUUGGGAAGUUGCUGAACUUUAUAUAAGGGAAUAUAGAAAGAAGAAAGGAUUUGUGGUCAAUAAAUAUAGAACAGAAUCAUCAUUUGAUGGAUCAAAUGGUGUAUACUUGAGUUUUAUAGAGCUUAACCAUAAUCAUGACUUAAAUAUUGAUAAUAUAAAACAUUGUAAUAUACACACCAUAAGGAACUUAUUACAACCAUUAUUUCCUGAUCAACUUUUUUUUACCCAAGAUCUCUCGAACGCCAUUCAAAAAAUUAAACACAAAUAUAAAAUUACUGGUUCAGAUGCUUCACAAUUGUUGAAGUAUCUUUUUGAGAAACAAAAAAAAGAAUCUAUGAUGUUUAUACAACCUCUUAUUAAUAAGGACAGUGAUAGAUUAUGUGCCAAUAAAUAUAAUUAUCCCUUAUCCUUAUUUAUACUUGUUGAUAAUGAUGAAAGGUCACGUUUAGAAGCACAAACUUUUUUGAAUGAUAAAAUGCAAGAGAGUUAUGA